CUCUCACGCCGCAGGCUGCGGCUCCUGUGGGAGAAGUGCGGCUCCGUCAGCGGGGAUCAGCGCCAUGGCUUCGGUGCUGUCCUACGAGAGCCUGGUCCACGCCGUUGCCGGAGCCGUGGUCACAUCCUUGAUCCAGUGUAAUGAGAGUUUCCCUGAAGUGUGGCCUGCACCAUCUUUUAUCUUACAAGAGAUAAAAGGAAAGAGAAGCAAGCAGAGAGUUGGGGGCCUCAUACCACCAAGAAAGAAGCACUGGGAGCAGAGCACAUCCUUUGGACCUGGGGUUCCUGCGUGGAGAAGUUCCUAGUCCAGGGGAAGAUUGAGGAGAAGGACCUUCCUCCAGAGCCAAGAGAGAGAAAGCCUCCCCUGGAGCUGACGCUCUGAACUUGAUCUUCUAGCCUCCUAGACUGGAAGCAUGACAGCAAUGACAGUGUUUUUUCCUUUGGACACAGCUCGACUUCGACUUCAGGUUGAUGAGAAAAGAAAGUCUAAAACUACACAUAUGGUGCUGCUGGAGAUCAUUAAGGAAGAAGGCCUCUUGGCACCAUAUCGAGGGUGGUUUCCAGUUAUCUCCAGUCUCUGCUGCUCCAAUUUUGUCUACUUCUACACUUUUAAUAGCCUCAAAGCAAUCUGGGUGAAAGGUCAACGUUCUACUACUGGAAAGGAUCUGGUCAUUGGAUUUGUUGCAGGAGUGGUGAAUGUGUUGCUAACAACUCCACUCUGGGUGGUAAAUACCAGACUGAAGCUCCAAGGGGCAAAAUUCAGGAAUGAAGACAUUGUACCAACCAACUACAAAGGUAUCAUCGAUGCUUUUCGCCAGAUAAUUCGAGAUGAAGGAAUCUUGGCUUUGUGGAAUGGCACAUUUCCUUCCUUGCUGUUGGUCUUCAAUCCUGCUCUCCAAUUCAUGUUCUACGAAGGUUUAAAACGGCAGCUUUUAAAGAAACGGACGAAGCUUUCUUCUUUGGAUGUGUUCAUCAUUGGUGCGAUAGCCAAAGCGAUUGCCACCACGGUUACCUAUCCCAUGCAGACUGUACAAUCGAUUCUGAGGUUUGGGCGUCACAGUCUAAACCCAGAAAACAGAACGUUGGGGAGCCUUCGGAAUGUUCUCUAUCAUCUGCACCAACGAGUAAGACGCUUUGGAAUAAUGGGACUCUACAAAGGCCUGGAAGCCAAACUGUUGCAAACAGUCCUCACCGCUGCGCUCAUGCUCCUUGUUUAUGAGAAACUGACAGCUGCUACCUUCACUGUGAUGGGGGUGAAGAAUGCACGCAAGCACUGAGAUGCCUUACCUGGAAACGUGCGGAAAGAAGCUCAAGAUGGAGGGUUUCCUUCUGAAAGAUAGCUGAGUGAAAAGAACUAGUGUGCUUUUUAUACUCUUGCCCCUUCCACCGUGAAUUUACUCCCAUUGGCUUGAAAAGCGUGUAAGGGUAGACAUGAAGGAGAGCCCGGUGGACCUAUCACCAACUUAAAUUUUAUGAUGGUUGGUUGGAUUUUUGUGGGGGAGGUUGGGCUAAUGAUCACAGAAAGAAAACAUUAUUAAAAACCUAAGAAUGAAUACUUGUGGGGGUUUAUUGGUUUCCUUAAGGGUAGGGGAGUGUUGCUAUGAUGUGUAAUCUUUUCCAUUUAAAUUAAUCAGCUGGUUUCUUUCCCUGAGUCCUUCCCCAGCUCCUCCGAAAAUUGAGUAAAAUUUAACCCUGCUCAUAAAUUUGUGUAUGUCUUAGUGUUGCUCUUUUCCUCACUGAAACAAUUCAUUCUUUUUUUUUUUUCUCCUGCUUAAGGAGAAGUGUCUUCUUUAGUACAUGUGCUAUUUAUUUUGUGGGGGGAAAUGAAAAUUAUCAAUCCCAGAUGAUUUUCUUAUAAACUACUUGUAAACAUCGCUUAAUUCAUUAGCCUUUCGCAUGUUUUUGUUAGAAGUAUUUGUUUUGAAUCAACUCUUUGAUUCAAGGAUUUAAGGGUUUUGUAUCCAUACAAGCCCCAGUCAAUCAAGCACCAAUAAAUUGUCAGCACAAGACAUUCUUGAAAGUUGCUCUUUAUUAAGAUAUUAUGUUGGGUUUGCAACCAGAUGGUAAAAGUCACAAAAAAGAGGUGGAUACUUUGUUUGGGCUCUAGAAUAUUCUCUCCCUUCAUAAACUCUUGGUGGGGGCUGUAUGUUUUGAGAAUAAACAUCUGAUCGAGAUUA